GUACUAACAGAAGGGACUGUUAUGAGAGCUGUCUUUAUUUUUGAGCAAUUAAUAUCAUGUUAAGUACGGUGUUGCUGCUGUUUGUCUGUUUAUCAGCUUUGAAAACUGAUUUGGUACAGCAGCCAGGCUAUAUGACAGCACAUCUUGGAGAAUCUGUUAACCUGACCUGCAGAAUUCUUACACCUUCUGUUGCUUGUUUUGACUUGGUGUGGUACAUGCAGCAACACACAGAAGCCCCUCAGAGGAUUGAUGCAGAGAAAAGAACCAUUGCCAGUGAGAAAAUAGAUAAUAAAAACUGUACCUUAAAAUUAGACAAUUUGAAGAAAUCUGAUUCUGGGAAAUAUUAUUGUUCAAUGUGCAGGGACAGCACAUGCUUUACUGGAAAAGGAACAAAGCUCAUUGUGUCAGACAGAACUGUGAAGAAGCCUACCAUAAUUAUUUCUGUUCCGCCACAAGAUAAUACACCUGCAGUUGCUGUGACACUUGUCUGCCUGGUAUAUGAUCUUCCUCCACACACUCUAAUAUCUUGGAAUGUUUCUGGAAAAGAAAUGGCAGGAAAGAUGAGUUCUGGAAUGAUUACUAUAGAUGGAGACUACAUAGUCAUGAGUGAGCUAAAAAUACCGACAGAAAUUUGGAACAAAAAGACUUAUAUUAUGUGUAAAGCUGGAACAGACUAUACCUAUUACUAUAAUCAUCUGAAAACCACAGGCAAGGAGGAUUGCACUUGGAACAGAACCAUGUGCAUCAAGCACACGCACGGAAUUGAAGGUCAGCAGAAGGAGAGAGAAAUCAACCAGAAAAAUCUGACUUUUGACAUUCUGAGGCAAAUAAUUCUUCUUCUUACCUUCACUGUUAUAAAUUUAACUGUCUUCUAUCAAAUCAGAUGUAAAGAGCAUGAAUUACUGGAUCAGAAAGCAAAACAUGGUUAG